AUAUUCGUUUUUACGAGCCCAUGAAAGAAAAUGAAAUAUAUAUGAAUGUUGUGAGCGAUAUCUUCCGGAUACAUAAUUCGUCAAUUUGACUUUGAACUCGAAUCUAACUGCUUACCAUCAGUAAACAUCCUGUUCUUAAAUUUUCGGAACAUAUCGAAUAUGCCCUCAAAGAGUCGUUGCUUUUGGGAUAACAAUCAAAGCAAAUAUUGAUAUCCUAUUGGUUGGUAUUGCCCAACGUCAUAUGGUGACGUCAUGCUUUCAAGGUAAUAAUCGUGGAUCCAAUUGAGUAAAUGUUUCACAUUUGCGCGAGAGACCGAGCACACCUGCCAGACAAAAAUUUGGUAGUCCAUCCGACAUCAUCGGCCUACGUACUUGAAUAGUUUUUUAAAAUAAAAUCCGCGAUGAUUUUCUCUCGCCUUAGCUUUUUACUGGUGGCCAUGGUGCUUUUGAAUGCAUCGUCCGCGGAUGACGCCCGUGAGCGACCUCGUAGAAGUACCGGUAGGACAGCUCGAGUUUCAGCUCGUGCUCGACGAUGCGCCGGCCGACGAACUCCACCAAGGGACCCUCUCGACAAGCCAAACUUCGUCAUCUUCUUCGCCGACGACAUGGGCUACGGCGAUCUGGCGUCGUACGGCCACCCGGUCCAGGAGAGGGGUCCAAUCGAUGACGUCAUGGUAGAGAAUGGUAUUAAAUUCACCCAGGGUUAUGUUCCCGAUACCGUCUGCUCCCCAAGUCGUGCAGCGCUCUUAACAGGUCGCUAUCCGGUUCGGUCGGGGGUGUACAGCCCUCCCGACGGAUCCCGGGUUUUCCUACCAUGGACCCGAACCGGUCUACCGGCAUCUGAAGUUACGAUUCCGGAAGUUCUGAAGGAGGAGGGCUACAUAUCUGGUAUGGCGGGCAAGUGGCAUUUAGGUCUUAACUCGGAGACAAACUGUGAUGGUGCCCAUUUGCCAUUUCGCCAUGGUUUCGAAUUCGUUGGACAUUUCCUCCCGUUCACCAACAGUAUGGGCUGUGACGAAACAGGGAACAUCCAGGAUUUUCCUGAUACAAGUAAAUGUUUCCUGUACAAGCGAGACCAGAUCGUCGCACAGCCGUUCAACCAUACAUACCUCACAAAGACGUUCGUCAACGAUGCUACUACGUUCAUUGAAUACAACGCACACCGCCCGUUCUUCUUCUACUUCCCCUUCUCUCAUCCCCACGCCCCACUGUAUGCCUCGCCUGAAUUCGCUGGAAAAUCCCGCCGAGGUGACUAUGGAGAUAACAUCAAUGAGAUGAGCGCCGCGGUGGGUGAGGUGAUAGAUACCCUUGACGCCCAGGGGAUCUUGAACAACACCUUGGUGUUGUUCAUUUCUGAUCACGGGCCACAGCCAGAGUACUGCGCUCAGGGAGGAGAUCCUAGCAUCUUCAAAGGCUACAAGACCAACACAUGGGAGGGAGGCGUACGCGUCCCUUUCGUCGCCUACUGGCCCGGGCAGAUAACCCCUCGUGAAUCGAACGAACUCGUCAGUACUCUCGACAUCAUGAAGACCCUCGUCGACCUCGCCGGCGGUUCGCUCCCAUCCAAUGUAUCCUACGAUGGAGAGGUGAUCACAGACGUCCUUCUGAACAACGCCCCGUCGCCGCACGACGUCCUUUACUACUAUUGCAAGGACCGGCUCAUGGCGGUUCGAUCCGGUCCGUACAAGGUCCAUUACUUCACCCAUAGGGUUCAACCACAGGAUUACUUCACCGCGCAGUGUGGUGACGGCGGGCAGCCCACGAGGCACUACUUUGACUGCUACGACUGCUAUGAUUCGUGCGUCACCGAACAGAACCCGCCGAUCGUCUACAACGUCGAGCACGAUCCAAUUGAAGCGUUCCCGCUGAACGUCACAGCUGAUCCUGCACUCGGUGAAUUCAUGGCCGAUCUGCAGGAGAAGGUAGCCGCUCACGUCGCGUCCGUGGUUGUCGCUGAGCCGUUAUUGGACGAUAAAGAUCCCACGAAGUCUAUUGUCCCUUGCUGCAAUGAAGCCACUAACUGUAUCUGUAAUUAUGGCCCCGUCACAGGACCUUACAACUAAAUACCGGAAGAGGAGCCAGAUAGAGAGAAGAAAGCCCACAAAAAAGUAGGGAGGGCGAUUAUUAUGAUCUGUUUUAAUAUUAUUCUUAUUUGAACCGUCGAAUUCUUUCCAUACAACUUGAAAGAUAAAGGUUCGCAGAAUUCCCACUUUAACAAAAGUAUAGAAUCCAUUGAAAUUGUUAUGGCCUAUGGUUUAUCGUUAACCUUACUCUUGAACUUUAGGUACUAUUGCUGCUUGACAGAUCUCUGCUAUAAAUGCAAUAUCAAUCUUAUAGCACUUUCACGAAUUGCACAUGAUGUCUUAACUUUCUAUUCAAAUAAUAUGUAAAUUAUGUAUUAUAUAAUUUGUAUGAACGCAUGUAGCAAAUGCCUAUUUUGGAAGGGGCUCCCCGUGGAAUAACACCUCCUCAUCCGAAUGCAGAUGAUGCAGAAAAAUAUGUGGGCCUAUAUUACAAGAGCUUCCCUUCUGACUACCUCGAGCCGAUCUCAUUAAGUGAUUCGGGUGAACACUUUACUGAUAAUUGCAUUUUUAACAAUACUUGCUUACAUAGCGCUUAACACUUACUUUAUCAGAAGUCUCUAAGCGCUCCACAAUAGAGAGUUUUCGCACCGCGGCGUACGGAGGAUUCAAUAACACAGUAAAUGUAUUGAAAAUGAAAAUUGAGGAGGCGCGAUAGCUCAGUCGGUAGAGCGGGGGACUCGUAUUCCGGUGACCCGGGUUCGAUUCACACUUGGUGCGCUAGUGCCCUUUGGUAAGGCAUUAAUCCUCAGUACCAGGUCCUUCGGAGGGGACCUUAAGCCGUCUGUCCUCUGGUUGCUUGCUUACAAGCAUUCAUGCUUUCUUAGCAAUCAGGUAAAAAAAUCACCACCAAUGCCCUUCAAAUGACAACAGCUGUACGGUCUUUGCCGAAAAUUGGUGAACCGGAACAGCAGUCUCGGAGCCGAUGAAACAUUGCAAAUAGGUUGUUUUUCCAGAGUCAAGGACUGAACUGCUAUGCUGAUUCACAAAUUAUCAACAAAGACUUUUUGGCUGUUCUUUAAGUAAGGACGGGCAUUUGAACCCUCUGUAUGUUGCUGUGCGAAAACUCCCAACAAUGCAGCUAUUAAGCGCACUGCGUUUCGAGGAAUAAAUUUCCACCGCUUACUCUUUACCUUACCUGACUGAGUUGAGUGCAGCACGAUGAGGAUCAAUUUCUUGCUGAAAGAAAUAACGCCCGACGGUGCUGGGAGUUUCGAACCCACGACCUCCUAUUUCAAAGUCCGCACAGUAAUCCACUGGGCCACAACCCUCCACAAACUAACUUCCAUCGUCAACUUAGCCACACGAACUUAUAAUAAUGAUAAAUUGAAUAUUGCACAUGUCCAACUUAUUUGGUGCUCAAGGCGCUCCUAUAUUACCCCGGCUAUAAACUCGGCUACAGAUUUUGAAGUGCUCACAGCUUUAUGAGGAAUUACUUCCCGUCACCAUUUACCUCACCUGGGUUGAGGGCAACACAUUGGGGUUCAUUUUUAAAAAUAUUUUUGUGAAGGAAAUUACGCUACGGCUGGGAUUCGAAUCCACGACCCCUUGUUUCAAAGUCUGGACACUAAUCAGCUUAGCAUCAACGCUCCACAAACUAACUUCCAACGUCAACUUAGAUACACAAACCUAUGACAUUAUGCAAACACCUUAAAACAUUUCAAUCCAGGAAAAUAGAUCUGUUCUGGAUAUUCGAUGAAUAAUGUACAUGUAGCAGUCUUCCUUGGAAGAUAUUCUAAAUAUUUUUCUAUAUCAGUGUACAAGGAUGACUUUCAUUAGAAUACAACUUUCCUUUUGUAAAAUGAUAAUGUUUAUGAAUGUUUUCAGAUGUCCUGUAAAACACAAUUUUGUUUUGUAGUCUUUUAUCAUUGGUUGUUUUAUUUCUUUGAUGCCUCAAUGGAUUUUAAAUCAUUUGUGUUUAUUUUAGUAAUUUCUAAAAACAAAAUUCUAAUUGCAGAUGUUUGAAUAUCAUAGCUUUUCUUCUCAGUAUGCUUGAAUUUCAUAAUAAAUACUCACAAUUUUUAGACUAUUAUAAAUACUGAAAUAAGCAUUUAUUUCAUAGUUUUCUUUAUUAAGGUACAAAAUGGUAAACCUAUCUAGGCCUAUAUAUUAGUGGUACUUUUUGUGUAUAGUCAUUGUAGAAGUGCAAUAAUACAUUUUAUAUUCCGGUAUAUUAGCUGUCAUUUUGUAAAUCUUUCUACGUUUUUUUUUUCUAAAUGUGAUUUGAUCAUGAAGCAAAAAAAUAUUUCGAGAUCAUUUUAUUAAUAAAAUUUCUUCCAUACAUCGCAGAAGAAUAGGAUUCUUGUUUUCUAUAAGAAAAGAGAAAAAAUGGAAGAAAGAAAAGUGAUUUUUACUGAGAAAGUAACGGUAUUUUAGACAUUUCGCAAGAAAAAUUAUAUUGCCUGUCGAUAUAAUCAACUACCAUGCUCGAAAUCCAUCUUGUUAAUACAGUAUGUGUUGCUUUGUCUGGGAAAUCUCUGCAAUAGUUUAGGUUACCAAAGCAAUCUUCAUUGUAUAACAAUUGGAAUUCCAACGGAAAUGUGAUAUCUCGCAAAGUCUGUCCUACCAGUUGGUAGUAAAUCAACUGCGAUACUUCAGCUUGAAUACAAUCGUGUUGCUACGUCUGGAAAACUUCUGGCAAGAUUUUAGGUUGCCAAAAUCGUUAUUUUAAAAUCUAUACAUACAGAGAAUAAAAUGGUGCUUUCAGGUCUAAGCUAAACCGAUGGCAAUCCCACAUUUUCAAAUAGGAAUCAAACCCUGUUUGAAAUAAUAAUUGAGGACAAAAUCAAGAUAUUUGAACGAUAAAAUAGACAGAGAAUAGUGAGUGGAUGACGUCAGCGGCUCUUUCAUUUACAUUCUGUUCAGGUUAUGCAUAAUUAAACCUUAUAACUUUUCUCCUGUUUUUACAUGCGACUUUGAUGAAACUUUCAACGUUAUUGUAUAUCUUUCUUUUCUUUUAAAUGAACUUUUGCUGGGGUGAACCAUGUACCCUUAGAAUACCGCUAUGUUUGAUAGCACCCUAAUUAUACGAUAAGUAAAAUCUAUUUGCAGGUAGAGCAGCGUACCAGGCUACCGCCAAUAAGAAAAAGAAAAACUACUUAGCUAGUGAUAUUUGUAAUAAUGAUGAUGAGAUACAGGCGCAUGCAUAUAUGAACUGACAAUGUUUCAUGGUGGAGGCCUUGAUCGUUUAGACCAGACUAGUCUCAAAGUAUAUUCAGGCUUCUGCAAUCCAUGUGGAUAUUUUUUAUCGGUACUAUUGUUUUCACGGCUAAACAGAUGAAGGAUUAAUGGUCGUGGUUGUACAUGGGUUCCAUGACAUAUUUUGCUCCGGUGACAAUUGCUCCGAUGCUCCAAAACUAAAUAAACCCUAAUCCUUAUCUUUAUUAGAUUUUGAAUAAAAAACUCUAACUAUCCUUACUUUAA